UCUGGGCUUGCGUGUUCCUGAAUAAUAUUAAGGAAUACCAAUGCUCCUACUGUUCUGAAGUCACUACUGAAACCUUCAGUGCCCCUCCUUUUUUGCUUUGCAUUUGUCUGUCUUGCACAAGUUUAUUACAUGGAAAAGAGGUAGCAAUACGAAGCAGUGACGGGAAGCCAAGGUGGGCUAGUUGACGGUGCCAGUGGAAGCGGCAGGAUCUAGUCUGCAUCUGAUGCCAUGAAAGAGUGGAGAGGUAGGUGCAAACACUCGAUGAUUUGCAUUGAUGUGCUAGGGCAACAUAUAUGGCUCACACUAGCGAUACGUUCCAAAACAAUAUGCGCUAAAGAUAGAAAUGAAUCAAUCUUGGGUUGGAGUUGCGCCAUAUCUGCGUGUGUCUUGAUUUCCUGCUGUGAUCUUUGCUGCAUGCCACACGGGACAACAGCGCCACAGGAGCACGCUGCACAGGUGCGUGUAGCACGGCUGGAGGUGAAGGAGGAGGUGCCGAUCCUUGGUAGUCUAACAUGAAAAAUCGCAGAACUUGGAGACAUGCUUUUAGAACUGUUUGAAAUGCGCGGAAUUUCGAUACAGUUUCGCGCGGGAUUCCUACGCUACAAAUGAGCACCGUUGUCUUGGAUGCUGGAGGUAGAUCCUCCCUGCCUGGUGCUGAAGAGGACCCGAACCUCCAUGGUGGUGACGAGAAUCCGCACUUCCGCAGGUGGUGCGACGCCCCACGUUUUGGCCGCAUUGUCGAUGCCGAAGUGUCCAUGGUUGCAGCAGCAAUUACUAUUUGUACGCUUCUCACCUACCCUCACUCAACUGACGUACUGCGCCGUGCGGAGUGAAGUGAAGACGGGCUUUUCCCUCUGUCCUCUUGUACCGCCUCCGCUCUUGCACGCGCCGCUCAUUGUUCCAUUCAUCCCUAGCGGCGGCGGCGGCGGCGGCCGAGGAGGUCAAUUAGCCAAGAUGGCUCCUUCCGCCGCGCGAGCUCUCACCGUGGACUCCCUCAACCCAAAGGUGCUGGCGCUCGGGGACCACCUCGGCGACGCCAUUGCCCGCCGCGCGCAGCGCAUGCAGGAAGAGCUAGCAACAAAUCCAGGGUCGCACCCUUUUGAUGAGAUAAUUUAUUGCAACCUCAGCAAUCCACAGUCCAUCGGGCAACAACCAAACAAGUUUUUCCGGGAGGUUCUUGCUUUGUGUGAUUAUCCCUAUCUUCUAGACCGGAGUGUAACUAGUUCCAUAUUCAGCUCCGAUGCAAUAGCAAGGGCACGGGAGAUUCUAGAUCUCAUCCCUGGUAGAUCAACAGGAGGAUAUAGUCACUGUCAGGGCACUGAAGGAUUGUGCAAUGCAAUCGCUGCUGGAAUAACUUCUCGUGACGGUUUCCCUUCCAAUGCAGAGGACAUUUUCCUGACAGAUGGAGCUGCUCCACCAGUUCACAUGGUGAUGCAUGUAUUGAUACGGGACGAAAAGGACGGUAUCCUUUGCCCAAUUCCAUCACACUCUUUGUACACAAAUUCUAUGGUUCUCCGUGGCGCCACUCUUGUACCAUAUUACCUUGAUGAAUCUAGAGGUUGGGGAGUCAGCAUCUCAAAUCUGAAAAAGCAGCUGGAGGGUGCCCGAUCAAAGGGCAUUGUUGUGAGGGGGCUUGUGGUGAUAAAUCCAGGAAACCCUACUGGACAGGUUCUUGUGGAAGAAAAUCAGCGUGAAAUUGUUGAAUUCUGUAGGACUGAGGACCUUGUUCUUCUAGCAGAUGAGGUUUACCAAGAAAACAUUUACACAGAUGAAAAGAAAUUCAACUCUUUCAAGAAGAUAGCACGAUCCAUGGGGUACGGCGAAGGAGAUAUUUCUUUAAUAUCAUUCCAUUCGGUUUCCAAUGGAUAUUAUGGUGAAUGUGGGAGAAGGGGAGGUUAUAUGGAAGUCACCGGCUUUAAUUCUGAAGUAAAGAAACAAGUGUACAAAGUGGCAUCCCUAAGCUCAUGCUCCAACAUCUCCGGUCAGAUCCUCAUGAGCCUAGUCAUGAACCCACCAAAGGUUGGAGAUGAGUCGUACACCUCUUAUCAGGCAGAAAGAGACGGCAUCCUAUCAUCUUUUUCUCGCUGUGCACAGGCCAUGGUGUGCACAUUCAACUGCCUGGAAGGGGUGACUUGCAGCAUGGCCGAGGGAGCAAUGUUUGUAUUCCCUUCUGUCCGUCUGCCUCCAAAGGCAAUUGCAGCUGCUGAGGAAAGGAACACAGAGCCAGAUGUGUUCUACGCUCUCCGUCUUCUUGAAAACACCGGGAUUGUUGUUGUGCCUGGUUCUGUUUUUGGACAAGUACCUGGAACAUGGCAUUUCAGAUGCACAAUCCUGCCCCAAGAAGAGAGGAUACCACUAAUCAUCUCCCGCUUUAUGGCGUUUCACGAAGCAUUCAUGGAAGAAUUUCGCGACUAAAUGUUGCCAGCAUUUUUUUUUUCUGUUUGUAGCAGAACUUAUUGUUUUGGACGAAACCUGGGGCUUUGUAACAAGUACAUGAUUCGUGUCUGGAACUCCUGAGAUUUUCAUUCUAGUCCUGGCUAUUU